UUCAAAAUAUUUUGACAGCACUUUGAUGAGUUGGUUACGCAGUAUCCUGCCUUAUCAUCAUAACCUUAUUCUUUUGAAGGUUAUGCUUUAUUAAUAUUUUUUUAAAAUCGUUCUUAAUUAGGAGCAAUGGUGUUUUUAUCAAGAAUUUACUUAGCAAAGAUAAAAAGAGCGUCCCGAAAGUAUCUGAAACAGGGCUUUCGGGAUUCGCUGAAGGUGUUUGUGUCAGGGGGUACCGGAGGAAACGGAUUACCAAAAUUUGGGGGUGUGGGGGGCCAAGGUGGUGAUGUAAUUGCCGUGGGGAGUGAUAACAUUUCGCUACAAGAUGUUUUCAAGCGAAAUCAAUCAAAAAGUUACACAGCAAAGGCAGGGAGACACAGUUCUCACAAUUUCAUACUUGGACCUCCUGGCGAAAGCCUGAAAUUUGAAGUGCCUGUCGGCGUGACUGUCAUCACAGAAUUGGGGAAAAAAAUUGGUGAAAUAAAUAACAAAGGUGAAGAACUGUUGCUUGCCAAGGGCGGUACAGGGGGAAACCCCAAAAAUGGCUAUUUAGGGACGAAAGGGCAGGCAUAUCCUGUUAUUUUUGAUUUGAAACUGAUUGCAGAUGUGGGGUUAGUUGGGUUUCCCAAUGCGGGAAAAAGCACCCUUCUUAAAGCUAUCUCUCACGCUAAACCGAAGAUUGCUAGUUAUCCUUUUACAACUGUGAGGCCUAACGUUGGUAUUAUCCAGUACAAAGAUUUACGUGAAAUCUCUAUGGCUGAUCUUCCGGGUCUCAUAGAAGGGGCUUACGCUAACAAAGGAAUGGGGCACAAAUUCCUAAAACACGUAGAAAGGACGAAACUAUUGCUACUAGUCGUUGACAUUAACGGGUUUCAAUUGAGCCCACAAUACCCACAUAGGAGCUGUCUAGAAACUGUAUUACUUUUGAAUAAGGAACUCGAAUUGUACAAUAAAGAUUUACUAGAAAAACCAUCAAUGUUAGUUAUCAAUAAGAUGGAUACGGAAAACUCGCACCAAAAAUAUAGUGAAAUCAAAGAUUUGUUAAAAAAUUUAACAGAUGCGGCAAGACAGUGCCCAGAGGAGAUGAGACCGGAGAAUUUUUUGAAAUUCAGUGACGUGGUGGCAAUUUCAGCCAAAGAAAAAUCAGACGAUGUUGAGCUUGUAAAACAACGGCUUAGACGCAUGUUGGACGUUUUAGCCCAGUUGGAAAACGACGAUUCAAAAACUUACGAUGUUUAUAAGGAUAUAAAGGAUAAUUUAAGCGAAAAGGGCCCUAGUCUAGUGUAACUAAAAUAAACUUUAUUUUUCUGUUUAA